CACAGACGCACACCCACGCACGCAAACACACACACACACACACAACACACACACACACAGACAGACACACACACCCCCCCCCCCAAACACACACACCCACACACUUUCAUUAUUUUUCAUUUACCUCCAUUUACGACUGGCUGAGCGAGGCGCGUCUUUCAAAAUGAUCUCAAAGUUAGACAGUGUGCUUCUGCCCCCGAAAAAGUUCAUCUUCCAUUACAAGAAUAUGCGCUGGGCAAGGGGCCGGCAUGAAACCUACCUCUGCUUCGUAGUGAAGAGGCGAGUGGGCCCAGACUCCAUGACCUUUGACUUUGGACACCUCCGCAAUCGCAGUGGCUGCCAUGUAGAGAUGCUGUUCCUGCGCUACCUGGGAGUCCUGUGCCCUGGUCUGUUUGGGGGUGGAGCUGCUGGAGAGAAGAGGCUCAGUUACUCCAUCACCUGGUUCUGCUCCUGGUCUCCCUGUGCCAACUGCUCCACCAGACUGGCCCAGUUACUCAGCCAGACGCCCAACCUACGCCUCAGGAUCUUCGUCUCACGCCUUUACUUCUGUGACAUGGAAGACAGUCAAGAGAGAGAGGGCCUGAGAAUGCUGAACAAAGCUGGAGUGAACAUCACAGUCAUGAGUUACAAAGACUACUUCUAUUGCUGGCAAACCUUUGUGGCUCGUAGGCUGAGCAGCUUCAAGGCCUGGGACGAGCUGAACCAAAACUCGGUUCGCCUCACCAGAAAACUUCACCACAUCCUCCAGCCCUCUGAAACAGAAGAUUUCAGAGAUGCCUUCAAACUCCUCGGCCUGUGAAACACCCUGGACGUGACUUCCUGCUACCAUGUGACCAGGUCUACCGUCGUGUCUAAAGAGAGAACACAUGGUUCAUCACUACAACAACUAAACUGAGAUUGUUUUUAUACUGAGAAAAAGCUGAUUUCAUAUUCUGGCAAGGCUUUAAACAUUGGGCAGCUGCUGCUUGUAGUUUCUGAAGCAUUAUUGUCAUGCGAAAUAAAAAAACUUACAAUGA